UCAAACUCAAUCUUGUUAAUGUGCCUUAAUUUGGUUUUGUGCUGUAAGUAUCAAUACGUUACUGCGGCAAUGCCGAACCCUACCAGUACCACCGUUGCCGUUGUUAUAGGCGAAACUCAAUGGCAAAUAUUGGAAACCAAUUCUGACGAACACAUCAUUAAGAUACAUGGUUUAAGGUAUUCCAAAUGCCGUGCUGUUCUUUUCCACACAUUUUGCAUUGGGCUGUGUGGUAUACCUUAUUAUGUUUUCUCAUACUAUCCUCGCUGCCACCGUUUCAAGUAUGUGAACUGCAGUUUGAAAACGGCUGAUACUAUUGGAUUAACAGACGAAAAAAAGUUUUUCCAAGUGGAGAAGGUAACUGAUAUAGACCUCAAUCUUACGACGUACAAGGACAGUCAUCUGCGUUAUUUUAUGUACCAACGCAACCGUUACGUUUGGAUCAACGAUCAGUCUAGUUUUGUUAAUGUUCAGGCUCUGAAUGAGAGGGUCACAAUGGGUUUCCUCUUGGAAAACAUAUCUGGUAUUAACAAACGUCAACAACAAGAACUCAUGAAAUUAUACGGACCAAAUUCCGCGGAAGUCGAAGUCAAGAGCUACUGGACACUGUUCGUGAAUGAAGUUUUUAACCCAUUUUACCUGUUCCAAAUGUUUUCCAUCGUUCUGUGGUCGUUGGACGAGUACUAUCAAUAUGCGACAUGCGUUUUCAUAUUAUCCGCAUGGUCGUGUAUGCAGGCUUUGCAUCUAACCAAACAGAUGAGCAGAAAUCUGCAUGACAUGGCCGGUAAUACUAGCAACUUUACGGUGACGGUGCUGCGACCAUCACGUGGUGGCCGCGAGGAGUGUGUUGUUAAUGCCACUAGACUGGUGCCUGGAGACGUCUUGGUGUUACCACCAGAUGGCCUUGUCAUGCCUUGCGACGCUUUGCUCUUGACGGGCUCGUGCAUUGUUAAUGAGAGCAUGCUUACUGGUGAAAGCGUCCCAGUAAUGAAAGGACCGCCUUGCCCUUCAACGGAGGUGUAUUGUAAAGACAGUCAUAAACGACAUACACUUUUUGCCGGUACUCAUAUCAUCCAGACACGAUUCUAUGGAAAUAAUCAGGUUCUGGCUAAAGUGUUACGCACUGGUUUUUACACCGCUAAAGGAGAGCUGAUUAGAAGCAUUUUGUUCCCCAAGAAGUUCGAGUUCCAGUUCCAUAAGGACGCAGCAAAAUUUGUCUUUUUCAUGGUCGUGAUUGCCGCUGUUGGCAUGUCGUACGCCAUCAGUCUCUAUGUGCAGCGAGGGAGCAACUUAUACACAAUGAUCUUGCGUACAUUGGAUAUCGUCACGAUCGUGGUUCCGCCUGCCCUACCCGCUGCCAUGACCGCCGGCAUCGUGUCCAAUCAGCGGCGUUUGCGGAAGAACAAGAUCUUCUGCCUCUCCCCACCCAGAAUCAUUAUCUCGGGGAAGCUACAAGUUAUGUGCUUCGAUAAGACUGGAACUCUCACUGAAGACGGUCUGGAUUUUUACGCGGUGAUCCCCAAUUACACGGGCGAACGAUUCGGCAGACGCGUCGUAGACGUCAAUUUGCUGUCAGCCAAAAGUCCACUUGUCCAAGCUUUGGCGUCCUGCCAUUCCCUCACGAGCAUUCAAGGGCAGCUCAAGGGAGACCCUCUUGAUCUAAAAAUGUUCGAGUUCACUCAGUGGAUACUUGAAGAACCCGGACCGGAAAACACACGGUACGAUAACUUAACACCUGCUAUUGUGAAGCCCGCAACUGCCCAAGAUGAAAAUCUGCAAAAUUUAGAAAACUAUGAUCCUUUUACUAUGGAGAUGCCAUAUGAGGUUGGUUUGCUGCGAAGAUUUCAUUUCUCUUCGUCGCAGCAGUCAAUGGGCGUUAUUGCUAGAGUGCUGGGUCAACCUCAAAUGGUGUAUUUUGUAAAGGGUGCUCCUGAAAAGGUCGCGAGCAUGUGCAGUCCAGAAUCGUUGCCAGAAAACUUCAAUACCAUUCUUAAUGAGUACACUUCGAACGGUUUCCGUGUUAUUGGCCUUGCGCAUAAGAAAUUGGAUCGCAAAAUGAAGUGGGCUUCAGCCCAGAAAGUGAAACGAGACACACUUGAGUGUGACAUGGUGUUCCUAGGCUUUCUAGUCAUGCAAAACAGCCUGAAGCCCGAGACCACUCAAGUCAUCAAGGAGCUUCAUGAGGCAAACAUGAGGCAGGUUAUGGUUACAGGCGACAACAUAAUGACUGCAAUGUCUGUGGCGCGCGGGUGUUUCAUGGUGCAGCCGCAUCAGAAGGUGUUACUCAUCACUCUCAGUGGACAGAUUGCGAUGGAUAACCGACCCGGUCUUAAUAUGGAGGUGGUCGGUGAAACUGGAUCUCCAAAGAUGUCUAUGGACAAUUAUGUGAUAGCCAUGGAAGGAAAGACCUGGUCAGUCAUGCGCGCUCAAUACCCAGAACUUAUGCCUACAGUACUUACCAAAGGUAUGAUCUUCGGCCGCUUUGGCCCGGACCAAAAGACGCAGUUGAUCACGGCGUUGCAGGACGAGGGCCUGAUCGUAGGCAUGUGCGGCGACGGCGCCAACGACUGUGGCGCGCUUAAGGCUGCGCACGUCGGUAUCUCGCUCUCAGAGGCUGACGCUUCAGUGGCGGCACCGUUCACAUCGCAAGAGCAGAACAUCCGAUGCGUGAAGCUGCUCGCUCUGGAGGGCCGUUGUGCACUCAGCACCUCAUUCGCCAUCUUUAAAUACAUGGCUCUCUACUCCUUCAUACAGUUUUUCUCCAUUCUCAUUCUCUACAACUACUACUCUAUCCUAGGGAACUACCAGUUCCUAUAUAUCGAUCUGAUUCUGACGUUCCUAUUGGCGCUAUCGCUGGGCCGUGCCCAGCCGGGCCCCGUACUGACCAAGCAAUCACCGCCGGUGUCCCUUGUGGCGAUUUCAAGCAUCUUACCACUCUUCCUCCAAGUCUUGCUGGUACUACUGCUGCAGCUAGCCGCUUUGUAUCUACUCAAGGCGCAACAUUGGUACAAAUUCGAAGAAAUAGAAGACAAAAACGAAGAAUUAAUUGGCAGUUGGGAAAACACGGUGAUCUUUAUCGUCUCGGCAUUCCAGUACCUCAUCAUGGGUGGCGUCUACGCUAAAGGGUGGCCCUUCCGGCAACCUUUUUGUUCCAACUACUACAUGGUAGCGAGUUUGGUGACGCAGUCGAUAGUGCUUUUCGUGCUUCUGCUAGUGCCAUGGAAAUGGCUCUGUGGUGUAAUGCAAUUGCAAAUGGUAGAUUACACCGACCAAGCCAAGUGUAUAUUCCGCCUCUACGUGCUCCUGAUUCCUGUACUGCAUCUGAUUCUCUCUUUAGGCAUUGAGGCAACUCUAUCGGACACGGCAAAGUUCAGCGCGCUGUUUGCUAUGAUUCGGCGCCGUUGCAAAGACAAGGAGGAGCCGAAGCCCGACGCUUGUCCACUGUGGCCACCACGUUCGCCCGCUCACGUCUGCUGACGCAACUUCGAUCAUUCGCUUUUAAUUGUCGCCGUGACGUGAGUGUAUAACAGUGACGUAACAAAUGUGUGGCAGGACUGACCUAAUGUUGAUGGCCCCCUACCUGAGGGGACCUUGAUCUAUAGUAUGCACCUAAGGUUUUGUACAGUUUUUAAACAGCGCAAUUAAAACAACGUCAUACUUAACAUUUUUAAGAUCACAGUCUAAACAAAUAUGCGGGGCCCCCACAAAGUGUUACGCCAGUGGGGUACAAGGUAUUUCUUUGAGAUCUUAUCGUAGGCAUAACUUUUAGAAUUAAAACAGUAAUAUUACACAAUUGACGCCUAUGUAAAACGA